CUCUAACCCUACUGGCUCUUUUUCCCUCAUGAACCUUUGUGGGAGGGUCAUCUUUGAUGGUUCCAACUUCAUGGAUUGGAUCCGGAACAUCAGGAUGGUCACUCGUUACUAGGACAAGGAAUAUGUCCUCAAUAAGGAGCUAAAGGAGCUUGAUGAGUCCACUGCUACUCCUGAGGAGGUCGCUGAGUAUCAGGCACAUGAAAGAGAUGCCACCAAGGUGGCAUGCAUCAUGAUGGCCACCAUGACAGCUGAACUCCAAAAGUCCUAUGAGGACUAUUACCCUUUUGAGAUGCAUCAGGAUCUGAUGGAAAGGUACCAUCAGAGUGCUCGUCAAGAGCGGUAUGAAAUAAUCUCCUCCAUGAUCUCUACCCGUAUGAAGGUUAGCGAACCAAUCACGAGCCACAUGCAGAAAAUGUAAAGGUAUGUGGACCGUCUAAUGAAACUGAAUGUGAACUUCCCUGAGGAGUUGGCAAUUGAUAUCAUUUUGCACUCCUUGCCCUCGUGUUAUGAUGAAUUUCGUAUGACAUACCACAUGAAGAAGGAGGAAGUCACACUCAGUAAGCUUCAAGGACUUCUGAAGACUGCCGAAAGUGGUCUUAAGAGUAAGUCGGUUACUACUCCUACUCCUAUUACUACCCCUGUUUUGGCUAUCGGGAAAGGCAAAGGGAAGAAGAGGAAGCACCCUUCGAAGGGUACCAAGGGAAAGUCCCUUGAAGGCUCCUCAUCUGGAACCAAAGGUGGUUCUAUCACUCCUUCUGCCAUCCCUAAGGAUGCUGAAUGCUUCUACUGUCAAAAUAAGGGGCACCGGAAGCGAAACUGCCCAAAGUACUUGUAGGAUGUCAAGGAUGGGAAAGUGAAACCAUCCCAUGCAGGGUCUAAGAAGAAGUGAGGAUGUGGAGCACGGAAAGAUAAACUUAAUCAUGGGGAACAAGAAGGUUGCACCUGUUGCCAAGAUUGGAGUUUAUACUUUGUUGCUAGAUAGUGGGUUAAAGUUAGAUUUGAAUAAAUGUGUGUACUCGUCUGAAAUGGCAAGGAAUAUUAUUUCCUUUCAUGCUUUGUACAAACAAGGUUUUACCUUUUCUUUUGAUAAUGAAAUUGGUAGUAUUAAUGCUUUCUUUAAUAAUGUUCUUUAUUUUAAAGCAUUACCUUGUGAUGGUGUGUAUGAAGCUAUAUCGGUUGUAGAUAAUUUAGGAAAUAAUGUAUUAUGUAUUGAUUCUUCUACUAGCUUGGAUAAAGCAUCUUUGUGGCACUGUCGUCUUGGACAUGUAAGCAAGAAACACAUAGGCCAGCUCCAAAAGGAUGGAGUCUUGGAGUCGUUCGGCCUCAAGUCGGAUGAUAGUUGUGAGUCUUGUCUAUGUGGAAAAAUGACAAAAUCACCCUUCACUGGUACUUGUGCAAGGGGUGAGGGUUUGUUGGACCUUAUACAUACUGAUUUGACACCUCCCAGGACACCACAGCUGAAUGGUGUAGCUGAGAGGCGUAAUCGAACUUUGUUGGACAUGGUUCGCUCUAUGAUGAGUCGAGCUUCGCUAUCAAUCUCUUUUUGGGGGUAUCCCUUAGAGACUGUCGCCCACAUCCUUAAUCUAGUCCCUACAAAGAAGGUUGCCAAAAGACCUCAUGAAAUGUGGACUAGGAAAGUUCCCAAUUUGGACCAUAUCAAGAUUUGGGGUUGCGAGGCUUUCGUGAGGCGCGAGACACAUGACAAGCUCGAACCUCGAAGUGAAAGGUGUAUUUUCAUCGGCUACCCACAAAAAUCCUUUGGGUACCUCUUCUACAGACCCAGUGAGAAUGUGGUCUUUGUGGAUAGGAGAGGGGUCUUUCGAGAGAGAGAAUUUAUAAACCAAGGAGAUAGUGGGAGGCAAAUUGACCUUGAAGAAAUUCAAGACUCAAUUGGUGAAGGAACCUCAGACACUAGCAAUCAACUUGAGGAGGAAAUUCCUGUUGAUCCAGCUGACGGGUCUAUACUUCCGAGGCGUUCCACAAGGGUUAGGAACACACCUGAGUUUUAUUAUGGAUUUCAUAUUACUACGGAAGGUGAUACAUUUAUUAGUGACAGUACACUGGCAAAUCUGGAUGAAACUAACAGUGUUAAGGAAGCCAUGGCAGGCCCAGAGUCUGCUAAAUGGAAGGAGGCUAUGGACAGCGAGAUACAGUCCAUGUAUGACAAUCAAGUUUGGAACUUGGUUGAAAAUGUACCAGGCCGUAAGACAGUCGGGUGCAAAUGGAUCUUCAAGAAGAAGACCGACAUGGAUGGGAAGGUGCACACUUAUAAGGCUCGACUGGUUGCGAAGCGUUUUACUCAGACUCAGGGUAUUGAUUAUGAUGAAACCUUUUCACUAGUAGCAAAGAUUAAGUCUAUUAGGGUUAUGCUAGCCAUUGCUGCAUCUCAUGAUUAUGGAAUAUGGAAAAUGGAUGUCAAAACCGCUUUCCUUAACGGAAAGUUGGCUGAGGAUGUUUACAUGAAUCAGCCAGAAGGUUUUGUCAGUGCAGAGUACCCCAAUAGAGUGUGCAAGCUUGAGAAAUCCAUUUAUGGAUUGAAACAAGCAUCUCGAAGUUGGAAUCUUUGUUUCGAUGAGAAGGUCAAAGAGUUUGGAAAUGACAUCCCAACCUUGCAGAAGGUUAAGUCCUGGCUUGGGAAGUGCUUUGCUAUGAAGGACCUUGGAGAAGCUGCCUAUAUCCUAGGGAUAAGGAUAUUAAGAGAAAGGAGUAAAAGACUAAUUGGACUUAGUCAGAGUAUCUACUUGGAUAAGGUGUUGAAAAGGUUCAACAUGCAAAAUUCCAAGAAAGGAGAAUUACCGAUCCAAAGCAAUGUCAAACUGAGCAAGGCUCAGAGCCCGAGUAUAGAAGAUGGGAUAGCUGAGAUGAGUCGAUUACCUUAUGCUUCCGCUGUUGGUUCGAUCAUGUAUGCUAUGACUUGUACCCGUCCUGAUGUGGCCUUCGCUUUGAUCAUGGUCAGCAGAUAUCAGGGGAACCCUGGCAAGGCUCAUUGGACUGCGGUAAAGAAUAUUCUUAAGUACAUGCGGAGGACUAAGGAUUGGAUCCUUACCCUUGGUGGGAGUGAUGACUUGAGAGUGGUAGGGUAUAGUGAUGCUAGCUUUCAGACUGAUAGGGAUAACUUCCGCUCUCAGUCGGGCUGGGUCUUUACCCAAAAUGGAGGGGCAAUCACUUGGAAGAGUUCCAAACAGGAGAUUGUAGCUGAUUCGACUUGUGAAUCAGAGUACAUAGCAGCGAGUGAAGCGGAAAAGGAGGCGAUAUGGCUGAGGAACUUCAUCGGAGACCUUGGAGUUGUACCAGCUAUUAAGGAGCCUAUGGAGAUUUUCUGUGACAGCAAUAGUGCGGUUGCCUUAGCCAAGGAACCGAGAGAUCAUGGCAGAUCCCGACACAUUGACAGAAAAUAUCGCUUCAUAAGACACAAGAUAGAAGAGGGACUCCUCGUGGCAAAGAGGGUAUCGUCAGAUGAGAACCCGGCGGAUCCCCUUACGAAGGGACUGACGAGGGUCAAGCAUUUGCAACAUACGAGACGCAUCGGGCUGAGGGACGAUAUUAGUUUUACAGAUUAG